GCGGCACCAUGGUCCCGGCGGAGGCCCUGGAGAGUGUCCGGGAGAAGCUCCACGCCGGAUUGCGCGAGAUGCAGCGACUCCAGGCCCAAGCGGAUCUGGUGCCGAUUCUUCAAGCGGAAGUGGAGGCGCUGAAGCGGAAAAGGGCGGAGAUGACAGUCGGGACGCAGACCAGCGAGGCCAUCCAACGCCCGGCGCUACCGGAGUGGUUGGUCAGCCGCCGACGGGAGGAAGGGGAGUUGUUGGAUGUGUUGAAGCAGGUGGCGGUGCGGGAGAUGUCCCCGCUGGCUGUGGCCCGGGUGCGGGCGGUGCUGGAGGGAAUCAGUCGGCGGGAUGCGCUGGAGAAGGCCACCGAGACGGAGGAAGUGGGGAGUGGGCAACGGCGGUGCUCGGAUAUCGGCGUGCAGAGCGAUGACCUUUUGGAGGACGCAUCCCUCGCCGAUUCCGGUAACUGUGAAUCGGAAGAAGUUGAGCAGUUAUCGAUCGAAUCACCGCAGUUGGUCGAUUUCGGCAUCGGCACCGAUUCGCCGGCGAUGAUUUGCAUCGAAACCUGGACACCGCCCGCCGAAACCAACGAAACCGCCACCAACACCGACCCCCUGCCGACACCUCCACCAACGCUCAUCCGCAAAGCUUUCCGCACCCCAAAAAAAUCUCCCAAACAGAUAUCCCAUAAAAAACGCCGAAAUUCCCGGCAAAAGAAACCAGUCCCGACAAAUGCGUACGAAAAUCCCUUAAUAAUCGAGGAGCCCGAGAUUCCUCAGGAAACACCAGCGGAACCGGUUGAUAAUGUUGAAAAUGGGGAGAAAUCAGCGGACAAGCCGGAAGUAACGGAAUCCAUCGCCGAAAACGGACACCGCGAGGAGAGCGCAGAGAAAUUGACACCGAGUGUCGAAGCUGUGCGGCCUGUGAGUGAAGAUGAUCCGUUGUCGCCGGCAGUGUCAACACACUCGGAGGAGCUGAGUGAGGACGAGGGCAGCUAUGAUCUGCGACACGGAUAUCUGUCCAACAAGUGCGGGGUGGAAGAGAAGCCCAGUGUGACCAAGAUCUUCACUUUCGAUGACUACGAAGCGGUCGGUGUGAUUAGCAAGGAAGUGAUGGCCGCCUGUAAGGUCCUCAACGACUAUCUGCAGCGCGAAGGCCGCUCGAAUUCGCGCAGCAGCGAAUCCAGUGUGAAUGGAUCACUAAGAAAGCGCACCAAUAAAAUCGAUCGGUGUAUCCGCAUGAUCGAGGAGGAGUGGUUCCGCGUGGCGGGCCAGAAGAACGCCAACGCCCAACUAGUCAACGACUACCUCGACGCCUUUGAAUUAAUGUCCAAGGCGCUACUGCACAAAGUCGUCAAUUUGGCCGACAACAAUGGCAACACGGUGCUGCACUACGCCAUCUCGCAGAACCACUUCGACGUGGUCAGCGUCCUGCUGGACUCCAAAGUCUGCGACGUGGACAGCGUCAACCGCGCCGGCUACACGGCCACCAUGCUGGCCUCGCUGGCGCAUCUGGCCACCAACACCGACCAACUGGUCGCGGCCAGGCUCUUCAAACUCGGCGACAUCAACCGCAAAGCGCAACAGCAUGGACAAACGGCGCUGAUGUUGGCAGUGAGUCAUGGCCGGUUGGACACGGUGCGGCUGCUGCUGCAGGUCGGAGCGGACGUCAACAUCCAGGACGACGAUGGGUCGACGGCGCUGAUGUGCGCCAGCGAGCACGGACACCUGGAGAUCGUCCGGUUACUGUUAGGCCAUCCCGACACCGACGCCCAUCUCACUGAUAAGGAUGGGAUGUGUGCCCUGUAUGUAGCGCUGGAGGCGCAACACAAGGACAUCGCGGCGCUGAUCUACGCCCGCACCACCCUCGGACCGGGCGACAGUCUGUCGCAUUUGCGUCCUCCCACGGUGUCCGCGUCGUCCUCGUCGUCGAACGAACCGCAUGAAGUCUCCAGGAUUCCGCGCUCCCCCACUGUUCCCUUAAAAGCGCCGAAACGCGACACGAACGGCAGCGGCCACGGCCCGGAGUCGGGCCGGUUCGGCUUUACGCGGAAGCUGAACCACACCACGUCCACUAUGUGAAAGGAGUGGGCGUGUCUGCUUGUGAAUCAGAGUAUUUUCUCCUGCUUUUUAUUUUUUCGGUUUCCCAAAGCGUUUGUUUGUAUUGCUAAUGAUUUUGUUUGCCUGUAAAUUUGCAUUAGCCACAGAAAAGCCCCUACAAAUACAGCAUGGGAGAAAAAAUCGUCGCAUUGUACAGCGCUUCGCUUUCAGUCGACGAACAAACAUGCAACCGUGAAGAAAAAAAUUCAAUAAA